UUCGACGCCACCUCUUCGCAGUCGGAUAUCAAUCUCAUGUCCCAUGAUGUCGACUUGCAACAGGAAAUCUUACAAAGGACGCUGCAAGAGGUAGCGCACAAGGAAGGUGACAAUGAAGGCGACAAGGAAGCGAAUCCGUGCGUGAUCUGUCUCGAGCCGGUCUCCGAAGCCGCCGUCGCGGUGCCUUGUCGACAUGCGAAUUUCGAUUUUCUGUGUUUGGUGAGCUGGUUGGAGUUGAGAAGAAAUUGUCCGCUUUGUAAAAGUGAAGUCACUUCUGUGAGAUAUGAUCUCGACAGUCCCAAUGGGCAUAAGGUCUAUCAACUCCCGGUAGUGAGCGCUACAGCCUCGUCCUCUCAUGCAUCUGGGGCCUCAUUGCAUCGUGCCCCGCGUCGUCCGCGUCGUCCCCGUCCAUACCCUCGUCCAGACACCCAACAACCUCCCGACGACCCGCUCCGCCGCCGACAGCAUAUCUAUCGCCACCAACUCUACUCCCUGCGAGUCGGAUCCAAUCGUAUGUCGCAGUACCGCGAGCUGACACCUGAACGAUUCAACCGCGAGGAAGAUCUCGUCUCUCGGGCCCGGAAAUGGAUCCGACGGGAACUGAAAGUCUUCGAAUUCCUCAACCCCGAAACUGAGGAGCCUGCAUCUGGUCGGGUGGCGCGCGCCGGCCCGCAAAGGCUCGAGAACCGACGGGGGAAUAAUGCGGAAUUCCUGCUCGAGUAUAUUAUUGCGAUCCUGCGCACCGUGGAUAUUAAAGGGAGCGCCGGACAGGCAGAGGAACUUUUGCGAGAUUUCCUAGGGAGGGAUAAUGCGCGCCUGUUUCUGCACGAGUUGCAGGCGUGGUUGAGAAGUCCUUAUUCGUCGCUGGAGGACUGGGAUCGUAAUGUACAGUAUGAAGAUGUUCGGGCGGAGGAGCCCGAUCGGACAUCUACCCCGGUGUAUCGGGGGCGGGGGAGGGUGUCGAAGCCGUCGAGUCCCUCGCGGGGACGGUAUCAAGGGAGGUCUCGCGAUGCAUUGGCUCAGGCCAGACGGGUGCAAUAUGCACGGGAUCGGUAUAUCCCCGAUUGACGGCUACUUGGUGGAUGGGCCCGUGGAUGAUAUGGCAUGACAAUAGACAUAGAUACUCUUCGAUUGACUGGUAUCUCGAC